AUGGCUGGCAUCACAGCGCUCUUCCUCCCCGCCGGGACAUUUGCGGAAAUCUUCGAGUUUACUCAGUUGCCCCGCAAAGCGUACUUGCCGGUUACGUUGGCGGUGACGGUACUUCUCUCGGUUCUAACCGUGUGCUUCUACUUCCAAUACGCCAGCUUGCGCACAGCAAGGGAUCCGGGGGCGGAAAAGGCGCACGCCAAGGCGGCAGGCCUUAAGCUGGCCAUGAGCACUGGUGCCGACGGUGAUGAGGCUCCUGCGCAGCAUCUCCGAGGGGAAUCGCUCGGCGCUGUGCGAGCUAUACCGGACUUUAAUGCCGCUGUAACUGCUGCUCUUGCUUCGUCGCCUACUCCAAACUGUGAUUGUAGCGCAGACGGAAUUAAAGCUUCUUUGGUGAGCAACAUGUCCCAAGAAAAAGAGUCUGCAUCCAUAUUUACAUUUGUCCAAAACCUCCAGGUCCUCUCCUCAAGCCAAGCAAAGCAAUACUUAUCCCAGGAUAAUGAACCAAGAACGUACAACAACCGGGAUUUCAGAUGGUCUUCCGGAACCGAGACACCGAACCAGAAAAAGGGUACAUAA